AUGGGUCAGGGAACUCCGNAAAUAUACAGCAAAACAUACACAAAAGAGUUAGUAUGGAGGGUUUUGGCGAAAUUUCACCUGAAAGAGAUAGAGCAGCUGCCCGUAGUGAUACAAGACGUGAAAUUCAAAAGAGCAACAGUACUACCAGACGAUGGGAAUGUCCAAUUCAUCGUGAAUAUCUUCAAGCAGUCUGGAAAUUUCGAAGUAUUCGAAGGCGGGUCAGUAGUCGCUUCAGGAAAAAUCAGCAUGCCGAAAGACGUGACCAGAGAAUUCGUUCAACUUUCUGGUGAUAUCGAAGAAUCAGAACACAAUGG